UGAAAAUAUCAAAGUGAGUCAGUCAAGUGUGUUUUGAAUUCCACCCGCUCCAACACAAUUCGAUGUUUCUCAGCAUUUUAAAAACCCAAACCCAAACCCAUUUUAACUUCAAUGUCCGUGUCCUGUUUUUCCAUCAUUUUCUUUUCUUUUCCCCAGUUUCCUAAACCACCUUCUUUUUUCUCGCUUGUGAUCCCUUAACUGAACACAAACUUAUCCCUCUUCUCUUGCUUCAAUUUCAAGCCUUUCAACCUGAAAAAAAAUAUCAUCUUUCUCUCUCUCUCUCUCUCUCUUCAAUCCUAUUUGUUACCCAACAAAAUUCUCUGUUUUCCCCUUCUUCCAUACAACGCAGCGAAGACCCAAUUGAGUUCCCUUCAACCUUUCACCGGUUGAACCACAAUCCCCAUCUGGGUUUCUGAAAAAGUUGACAACUUUGGAGGAAGCAAGAGCGAACACCAAUGAUGGGCAUCCAAAAAGACAGAGUGAAGUUCAACGUUGGAGGCAGAGUGUUCGAGACAACAUCAACAACUGUCGCCAAUGCAGGGCGCAACUCCAUGUUCGGGGCAAUGUUCGAUGACAAUUGGAGCCUCUUAACGGACCAAAAUUCCACCAUGGAGGAGCACUUCAUCGAUCGGAACCCCGAUUGCUUCGCCGUACUCCUUGAUCUCCUCCGAACCGGCGAAAUCCACAUCCCACAGAACAUUCCAGAGAAGCUUCUAUACAGAGAGGCUCUGUUCUAUGGCCUCCUUGACCAUGUUCGUUCUGCCAAGUGGGGCCAUUUCGACGGCAACCGUCUCGGCCUGUCGAAAUCCGUACAGGGCCAUGCUCCCGGCGAUGGAACCGCCAUUCGAGCCGGCCCUGAUGGCGGCUGCUGUGUUGCUCAUGGCUGCAUGGUUCAUGUUUAUGAUUGGAUGCUGGAUGAACACCCUCCAUUGAAUCUUGAUUACCAGAGAGUCAAUGAUGUUGGUUGGGUUGACUCCGACAACAUAGUCAUCGGAGUCAGCGAAAGGCUUGGUCGUGGCGAUGGUGGAAUGGGGCUGUUCAGUUCCCACAAUGGUGAACUAAGGUACAAGUUUCAGGUUUGUCAUGAGAAUCAAGUUAAGAGUUACACUGCUGGUGCAUUGAGUUUUAGUUCUGAUUACAAGAUUUUUUCGAGUUGCAAAGGUAGGAGCAAUGAGUAUGGAGUUGGUGUUUGGGACCAAGUCACAGGAAAAAUGAUUGAUUUCUUCUAUGAACCUAUUGGUUGGUCACUUGGUGAUGCUGAUAGGGUUCAGUGGUUGGAAGGUAGUAACUGUUUGUUGGUUGCAACAAUGUUUCCUAGGAAGGACAAUUGUUACAUUAGUUUGUUGGAUUUUAGGGAGAAGAAGAUGGUUUGGUGUUGGUCUGAUGUAGGUGCUCCUUUAGCUGUGGAUGAGAAGAGAGUGAGGGAUGCAAUAGCAAUGGAAGACAACAAUUCAAUUUGUGUGGUGAAUGAGUUUGAGGAUUUGGGGUUCAUGGAUUUGAGGAGUGGUGGUGCUGCUACAAGCAUUAGGUGGAGUUCUAGGAGUAGGUUGAUGAAGGGGAAGAUGCCGGAGGAGCCGUGUUAUCCGAAGCUCGCGCUUCAUGGAGGGCAACUCUUCUCUUCCAUGAAUGAUUGCAUUUCAGUGUUCUGUGGUCCUGAAUGGGUUUUAACUUCAAGGCUUAGAAGAAGCUAUGGUGGUUCUAUAUGUGACUUCUCCAUUGGGGGAGAUAGGCUCUUUGCACUUCAUAGUGAGGAGAAUGUGUUUGAUAUAUGGGAGACUCCAACACCACCAAUUAUAUGAUUUAGUUUUAUACAAAACUUGCUUAGUUACAACUAGUUUUUUUACUUAGUUUGAUGUAUAACCAGAUUGCAUCUGCAUAUCUUGCAGAUAGUGAUGAUUCUAUAGCUUGUAUAUAGGACAUUGUAGAUUUUUUGAACUGGCAUUCAUGUAGCCAGCCAUAUAUGUUUAUCUUGAGAGUAAAAGAUAUAACUUGUUUGAGGCUUUGAGCAUAUAUCCAAUGAGAUUAUACAUGUAUUUGUUACUUUUCUUAA